AUGGAAUUCAAUUGUACCUGCGAUACUCAUUUGUCAUUGAUGGAGUUUGCUUACAAUAACAAUUACUACUCUAGUAUAGAAAUGGGUCAUUUUGAAGCUUUAUAUGUUAGAAAGUGCAGAACAAAAAUUUGUUGGGAUGAUACUAGUAAGAGGAAGUUAAUUGGCCCUGAAUUGGUUCAAAUAACUUUAGAAAAUAUGAAAUUCAUCAGAGAAAAGUUGAAACCGAAACAAGAUAGAAAGAAAAGUUGUGAAGAUAGGUGCGGAAAAGAUCUUGAAUUCGUAGUUGGAGAUAAAUAUAUUGCAAAUCAUUCUCAUGUUUUAGAGUCUCAACCAGUUCAGUUGGAGGAGAAUUUGACCUAUAUAGAAAAGUCAAUGAGAAUUCUAAACAGAAAGAUGCAAAAACAGAGAAGUAAGACAAUUUCACUUGCAAAUGUACUUUGGAAGAAUCAGACAGCAGAAGAGGUUACAUGGGAGCAUGAAAAUCAGAAGCGUACUCAAAUUCUCAUCUAUUCAUUACCUAGCCAGUUGCCUGUUGAAUUUUGA